CAGAGAGGCAGCAGCGGCGUCGCAGCGUUACAACAAGAGCGGCUCUCGGGCUUUGUUUUGUGGCUGUGAAUGAGCUCCAUCACCUCCUCCAGCAAUGUGGACGGAUAUAAGGACACUGCUACUUUUACAUUUGUUCGUCCUCAGGCUUCACGUCUCGGAAGCCACCGAUGAGUGCGAGGAUGGACAGUUUCAGUGCAACAACAAAAGGUGUAUUCCCACCAUCUGGAGGUGCGACGACGAUGACGACUGCUCAGACAACAGUGAUGAAGAGAACUGUCCCAGGAAAACAUGCGCUCCUGCAGAGUUUGCCUGUUUAAAUGGACAGUGUGUCCCGGGACGCUGGCGAUGCGACGGAGAACCAGAGUGUCCGGACGGUUCUGACGAGGCAGAGGAGACCUGCAGCAAACAGACGUGCCCUCCAGAGAAAUUCGACUGUGGGGGAUCCACCAACAAGUGUGUCUCGUUGUCAUGGAGAUGCGACGGGGAGAAAGAUUGCGAGAACGGGGCGGAUGAGGAGGACUGCGCCUCCGAUGCCAAAGCCUGCCCCAGUGGAGAGUUCAUGUGUGCCAACCGCAAGUGCUUAGCCACCGUCUACGUGUGUGACGGCGAUGAUGACUGUGGAGACGGCAGUGAUGAGCUCAAAUGUUCGUCCCCUCUCACCUGUGGACCGAACCACCUCCGCUGCAACACCUCCGAGUGUGUGCCGCUCAUGUGGAGCUGCGACGGAGACCCCGACUGCUCCGACAGUUCGGAUGAGGGGCCUGAACGCUGUGGCGGCGAUGGGGUCCCGUACCUGCUUAACCGCCGAGCCAACUGCACCGCGGGGGAGUUUCGCUGUGCCAACGGGGAGUGUGUGCGGCUGACGUGGAAGUGCGAUGGAGAUCCGGACUGCAAGGACAAGUCUGAUGAGUCUGAUUGCCCUCUGUUGACUUGCCGUCCUGAUGAGUUCCAGUGCGGGGACGGUUCCUGCAUCCACGGCACCAAGCAGUGCAACAAGAUCCGCGACUGUCCGGACCACAGCGAUGAAUCCGGCUGCGUCAACGCCACCAAAUGUGAAGGACCCCUGAAGUUUCUGUGCAAGAACGGAGAGUGUAUUGACAGCUCCAAGGUGUGCGACUCUGUCAAAGACUGCAAGGACCGAUCAGAUGAGCCCAAGAAAGAGUGCGGGCUGAAUGAGUGUAUGAUCAAUAAUGGCGGCUGCUCCCACGUCUGCAUGGACCGACCGAUCGGCUUCGAGUGCCAGUGCCCCACCGGUUACCAGCUGCUGGACAAAAAGACUUGUGGAGACAUUGACGAGUGUGAGAACCCCGACGCUUGUAGCCAGAUCUGCAUAAACUACAAGGGGGACUUUAAGUGUGAAUGCUACGAAGGAUAUGAGAUGGACCCUGUCACUAAGACCUGCAAGGCAGAAGGGAAAAGCCCCUAUUUACUGUUCACCAACCGGCACGAGAUCCGUCGCAUCGACCUGGUGAAGAGGGAUUACAGCCAGGUGGUGUCUACGCAGAAGAACGCUGUGGCUCUGGACCUGGACGUGGCCAACAACCGCGUUUUCUGGUGUGAUCGGUUUCACCGCAAAAUCUACAGCGCCUUCAUCCAUGAGGCCGGUGAUCCCUCCCAGCAGGUGCCGCUGGUGGAUUCAUCCCUGCAGACCCCCGUGGGGCUCGCUCUGGACUGGCUCCAACACAACCUGUACUGGACCGACUCCGGAGACAAAUCCAUCUCCGUGGCCUCGGUGGACGGCACCAAGAGACGCGUCCUCAUCAACACCGACCUGAGCGAACCCCGAGCCAUAGCGCUGGACCCCCACCAUGGCUUCAUGUACUGGUCAGACUGGGGCACACGAGCCAAGAUAGAAAAGGCCGGUAUGAAUGGAGUGGACCGACAGGUGCUGGUGGCUGAUAACAUUGAAUGGCCCAACGGCAUCACUCUAGACGUAGCCAACAGGCGCCUGUACUGGGUGGACUCGAAGCUGCACCACAUCGCCAGCGUGGAUUUGAAUGGAGCUCACCGCCGAACGCACAUAUCGUCUGCAGAGAGGCUGGGACACCCCUACGCUCUGGCUGUUUUUGAGGAUCGUAUCUACUGGACAGACAGAGACAGGGCGGCAGUCUUCAUGGCCAACAGGCUGACCGGUCAGGACAUCCACGCUCUGGCUGAGAACCUCAACGACCCCCAUGACAUCGUGGUCUUCCACCAGCUCCGACAGCCGCAAGGCCCUGACAGCUGUAAUCUGGGCAGUGUGGCCAAUGGAGGUUGUGAGUACUUGUGUCUUAAGGCUCCGCAGAUCACCGAACACUCGCCCAAAUACACCUGCGCCUGCCCCGACGGACAGGACCUGGGGCCCGAUAUGAGGGGCUGCGUGCCAGCAGCACCAAGAAACGACAUGGCAGCAACAUCCUCACCUCCCGCUGGAUUCACACCAGGCUCCAGAGCGACUGUUGCCGAGGACUUUCCUCUCCCCUCAGUGGGAGUAUCACAGGCGGAUGCCAUCCCCCACUUGACCACAGCUCCCUCUGGAUCCCCCGAGUCCCUCACACCCCUCAGCACACUCAAACCUGUAUCCUCUCAGGAGUCAAAAGCUCUGGGCUCCCACUCCACCGCUACAGCCAUGGUCAUCUCCACCACACCUGCAGGGGACAGCAGCGUCUCACAGCACUCUGGAGGCGAGCAUUUCCUUCUGGGCGAGAACCUGACGGUGGCCGUUUUGGGAGUGGUCAUCCCCAUCGUUCCUAUUGUUGCCACAGUGGUGUUCGGCCUGGUCUGCGCCGGCGUGUACCUGGUGUGGCGCAACUGGAGGCGCAACUCCACCAAGAGCAUGAACUUCGACAACCCCGUCUACCGCAAGACCACCGGCGAGGGCGAGGAGGACGAGAUCCACAUCGGCCGGACCGACGCCAUGAGCCACCACGCGCACCACCACCCCUACCCCCAGGGCGUCGGCAUGGGAGUCGUAGGGGCAGGAGGGGGCACCUGCCCGCAGUUCAUCGCCCUGCCUCUGGGGGGCAGCAUGCCGGACCCGGGGACUCACUGGUACACGGAGCAGCCGAUGCUCUCGACCGCAAAGUGACCCAGCAAAGGCGACUUCCUCCGGAGAAGAUGGCCGCUCAGGCACACGCACACGCAGCGAGGUCAGAGGCGACAUUGGACCGAGUUUUCUGAAGGGACGAACAACAUAUCAUCAAGUGUUACAUGCAGCCAUUCACAGCCAUGUCCUUAUGCCAGUUUCCAUCUUAAAAACAGCGGUAUAAUUAAGACAAAUUCUUAAAAACAAAAAAAAAAACAGUUUCAUACAUUUUACUGUGCUGGAGGUGGAGCUAUUUUUCAUCUCCGGCAAAUGCUGAGAAUUACUUCCAGAAUUAUUAACGUGUGCUAAUGUGCUCCUGACCUUCACCUAAGCUGGAAGAUGGAGUUAGACCGGUUCCUCUUUUGAGUCUUUUGCAUUGAUAAUGGAGUGAGGUGCGUGCUGUGUGUCUUAUAUUUUGUGAUGGGGCUAGUGAGAGACUGUGUUUUGUCCUUGAUGUGUUAAUUUCGGGUUUUGUGUUAUUCCUGGUGGGCCAGUGGAGCUCUGGGGGAUGCUGUUAAGGAAGGAGGAGCUCUGUAAGUGGGACAGCUCCGUGCGUUGAUGGGACAAUCUGUACAGAUUCAUGUUAGAAUCAAUCACAAAUGUCAUUACUGGAGUUGUCUUGUGCAGUCAACAUAAUUGUGGAUGGAUAUCUUUAUUUUUUAUUACGUAUUGAGCGUUCUCUCUGAUUCAGAGGUGAGGCUGUCAGGGUUGAGUUGAUGUGAGAGAUUGUGUUUUUGUUCGACAGUCAACACCCUGGAGUUUAAUAAAAGUGCAGCAGAGAGGAAGGAAAAAAAUGUAGUCAUGAAGUGUUUCGUUAGAGAGGAUGUGAGGUUAAAGAGAUGCGGGUUCAUUACUGUGGCUUGUUUGGAAGUUAAAUGAAAAGCAAUAGACUGCAGCUUUUAUCCAGCUGCAGUGCCACCGUUUGAGGUUGACAAAACUCUAGAGUGUUAAUAAUUUCAUUUGAUCACCUGCUUUUGACUGUGACAAAUGCACACAUAAAUACACAAGGGGGGUGCGGCGGUGGCAAAAUCCCCGCUGCUCUCCAGAGGAUGGAGACAACAUGCACUACUUGCCCUCCGAAAACACAAACAGCAUGCAUAAUUGCUCACCGAGUGACAAUGCAGCCAUUUAUUGUCGCAGGCAUGAGACACACGAGUAAACACACGUCGCACGCACACACUGCAUUCCCGCCGUCCUCCUCCUGAGAUGCCCGAUAUGCGAGCAGACAGUUUGGGUUGGUGCCACGUGGGAGGGAACAGUCGGUGGCUGCGUGAUGAGAAAGAUCCGUCAUGUGAUCCGAGGAGGUUGAGGCCAACUUGUCCUGUCAGUUAACACGUUUCAUGCUGGUUCAGCCCCAUCGUUUCCUCUAUUACCCCAUUAUUACAAGUCUAGGUGUGUGUGAGUGUGUGUUCAUUAAUAUGCAUGUGUGCUAAUGUUCAUCCCACAGCCAUAUUUGAACUGUUUUGUAUGCUCUUUGUUGCACAACCCUCUUAGAAUGCCUUCUGUAUUGUGUAUUGCAUGGAAGAAAACAGUGUAUGAAGUUGAGUGGAAACACGAGUAUGUAAGUGUGUGUGUUUGUGUGUGAGAGUGUCUGACACUGGAAAAGCUUUGAGGGUGCUUUUUGAUUCAUUGGUUUGUACAUAUGUUUUCAUAAAGUUUUGAUAAUGUAUUAUAUAAUUAUGUAAAAGACAAGCUGUACAUAAGAUUUUAGACAAAGUGUUGACAGGUAUAUUAAUUUAUUUGUAUAAAGGAGAGCACUGCAUUCCCUGAUUGUAACAAAUCGGAAUUAUCCGCCAAAGUGGUUUGUGUUGUUUCUUGCUGUGCAUCGUUUAGCAUCCUUUUUGUGCGCCAACCCUCUUUCUUUGGUAAGCCACAUAAUACAUGGAGACCCUUCCCCUCAAAAAAACUCCCACAUCUUUGUUUCCCGACCUUGAUGUUUAAUAAGAUGAUUGAUUUUUGUUUAUUUGUGCCUUUUUGUUUACUUUUUCUCACUUUGCUCUAGUGUUUUUUUCAUGAAACAGACAGGGAUCAGCCAACUACUGUACAUGCAAUGAUGGACUGUAUUAAGACCAAACUGGUUCCACUUUUUGAUUUUCUGUAAUGGAUUACUUUUGAAUAUCUCUAUAUAUUGAUAUAUAAAAUCUGACUGAAAACUUC